AUGGGCGAACCCGUUCCCUUCACUGCUCCCGCGGCAUUCCCAAUUGACGCACUGCAGCUGCUGCAGCAUGCGUCUCUGAGCGCCGUCCUGACCGCGGCCCUCGGGCUCCUGGUCGCGGGCGUAUUUGCAUCCUACCUACUCAUCCUCCUCGUCGCGCACACCCCCCGCCCCGUAACACCCAACGAAAAGUUCUACAAGACCGUCACCCGCACCGGCACCGUCACCCAGCCCCGCGCACUGCCCGAUGUCUUUGUACCGGACUCGAAACCGACACUGACGGUCUCCGUGGUGGUCCCGGCCUACAACGAGAGCGAGCGCAUCCCCGAGAUGCUGGCAGAGGCCGUCGACCACCUGUACGCCGCGCAUGGGAACAGCUGGGAGAUCCUGAUCGUCGACGACGGGUCCACGGACGGCACGGCGAAGGUGGCACUGGACUGGGCGGGCGAGCGCAUGGCUUCGAAGCACGAUGUUGAGGAGGACCAGGUUCGUGUCUGUGUGCUGGAUAAGAACAGAGGUAAGGGCGGCGCCGUCACGCACGGCAUGAAGUAUGUAAGGGGUGAAUACGCAAUCUUUGCGGACGCAGAUGGCGCAAGUCGCUUUGCGGACCUGGCGGCGCUGCUGAGGGAUGUUAAGAAGGUGGAGGUCAAGGGCUACGGCAUCGCGGUGGGAAGCCGCGCACACAUGGUCACCACCGAUGCGGUCGUCAAGCGCUCCUUCAUCCGCAACUUCCUCAUGCACUCCUUCCACACGCUCAUCCGCACAUUCGGCAUCCGCCACAUCCGCGACACACAAUGCGGGUUCAAGCUCCUCUCGCGCGCGGCGCUCAAGGCCGUGUUCCCGUACAUGCACACCGAGGGGUGGAUUUUCGACAUCGAGAUGCUCAUUCUCGCCAUGUACAAGGGGAUUCCGGUCGCCGAGGUGCCCAUCACGUGGCAUGAGGUCGGCGGCAGUAAGGUCAGGCUUGUGCAGGAUAGUUUGAGGAUGGCGUGGGAUUUGGGGGUCGUGAGGGCGGGGUAUUGGUGGGGUGUUUAUAAGGUGGGAGAGGGCGGGGUUAGGGUGUAG